AUGAAUCAAUCCUUCUUCCACGAAGCCGCACGGCUAAACAAUGAAGGUGUCACUGCCCUUGUUGAGGGUGAUGAAGAUACCAGCAUCAAACUCCUCAUGAGUACAGUUAAGAUGAUGAAGCAAUACAUUGCUUCUCCAGACCAAGCAGCCGCAUUGGCCUCCUCUUCCUCACAACAAGCUUCGUCCUGCUUUCGAAGCUUUUCGACUGUGGAGGUUUCCCAUGCUGAAUGUGAUGAGCACAUCUUCUUCCGCCAGGCCAUCAUGAUUCCAUCCGAUGGCGACGACACCACAAAAUUGGAUCUUCACGUUUACUCUGCCGCUGUCAUUUUCAAUUUGGCUCUCGCUCACAACAUCCAAGGAUCCAAGAAUUCCCGAAACAAGGCGCACAAGCUGUACGCUACCAUCAUGAAGCUACUGGACGAGCGCGUUGGUCACAUGCAAUCGGCCUUGUUGCUCAAGCUUGCAUGCAUCAACAA